GUCGUCGCCUUGAUUCUCCGCACGGCAUUCGCCCUCUCUCGACCGGCGAAUCAGGUGCUCCGCGUCUCGUCGCGACGGAUUCCGCGUCAACGUUUCGAUGCCGCCGGUGACCAGAAGAACAUCUAGUCGUUCGCAUCCGCUUGCCGGGGAUAUUGUCUUGUCACAGCAGUACGCCUUUAGAGUUACUGGUGUGAUGGGACAAAGUCCUCGUCUCUUGGUCGCAUCAUCGCCGACAUCCGUCGUAACGCGCCUGUUUCUCGUCGAUUUCCAUUUCAUCGAGGCUGGAAGAUUGUUCGUCCCUCUUUCUGUGUUUCGUGUUUCCUCGGGAUCGCGUAGACCGUUGCAGGUAUCGCAGGGAAGCUAGAGGAGCGUUUCGUCCGGAAACAUGGCCAACGUGCCUCCUGGAUCAUCCCUUCGACGUGGAUGCGUACGAGGUUUCCGGUCGAUAAGACAACUUCCGGAAGGUGCGGCUGUCCCUCGCGAUACUCGGCGAGUUUUCCGCUGGUCGGCUCGUGAACGUCAAGAAUUUUCUGCACGGCAUUCCGUUCGGACGCGUCGUAGUUCCGAUCGGUGUCGGGCCCGAGAGACGGAGGACUACGAACAGCGUAAAACCGUGGAGACCGGUGGUGGACCACGGAGCGGAUACUCGCACGGCGAUAUCCGGAUUGGCAAGAUGGCCGUGGCGUUCGAUGCGUUUCCGGCUACGUUUUCUUCCCGUCGACGAAACAACCCCCGCAUCGCUUGUCGCGCUCGCGAACUUUGGUCCUCGCGCGCUUUACGUCUGUUUCGUAACGGAGUUUGUACGAUCGAACGGUGACGAGACAUCGCGUGGCCUAGUUAUCCGGAGAGGCGGCGGGUCGGUCCGUCCUCCCGUGGUUUCUUCGGUCGUUUCUAACCCCGAAAUAUCCGCAGUCGUUUACUGAAUAAUGAAUCGGUCCCGUUUCCGUGCGCGACGCCGUGUAUCGAAUUAGAACGACGCGGCGCCACGAUGGGGUAGUGGAGAACUCGAACGGGGUCGAUGAAAAGGUUAACGCCGGGUUUAGGUCGAUCGCAUUCGCCUUUUCUUUCCCUCUAGACUCCACGGUUACCCCACUCUGUCUCUCUCUUUCUAUUUCCUUCAGCCACCCCUCUAUAGUUUCCCCAGUUUCGAUUAGAAUUUCUACCACGGACGACGUUCGAUCGGUGUCUGAAUUACGUAUACGCUCUCGUAAUUCGUCCCCUUCCCAUGUCCGCGGCAACUCUCCGAAAUUCUUCGACCGACGAACGCGAGAAGAUAAAGGUAACGAAGAUGGAUCGAGUACCGAAACGGGAUCGAUAGAACGGCUGGGAACCAGGGGAAAAGGGCGGGAACGGUCCUUCGAGGCAGGAAUACGCAUCCCUCUAAUUAUUACCGGCACGCGACGUUAGCUCGUUACAUUAUUCGCUGCGCGCUGUCUCGUUUUGCUCGACCGGCCGAGUGUCGGCCAAUUAGUAACUUUGCUCGCGAACCGGUUGCCGCUCGUUUCCGCUAAUCCCGUUCCCCCAGUGAUCGCGAUUUUCCCGUGACCCUGUGUUCCAACUUCGACGACGAUGGAGAACGGAGCAGAGAACGAGAGGGCGAACAGUCUAAAGGCCUAGGGCCAGGGUUAGAGACAGGGUGUGUAGGGAUCGCGGCGAGAAUUGAUUAGCAGUUGGAUUAACGGGCGCGGCAGGUCUGCGAUUCGAAAGAGAAGAGGUUGAAGGCUCGGAGGUCGUCGGAGUCCGAUUUCAUGGGGGGUGGUGGCACGUAUACAACGACGACGGUGGUGUGUGCCGAUGGCGAUGAUGGUGAAUCGUAGGUGCACGUGGAAGUGGUGGUGACGGUGUUGGUGACGGUGAUACGGUGGUGGUGCGGAUAGGGUGGGUUGUCAUCCAACCUUCCUGUUGGCUGUUAGAGGGCACAGCCGGCAGGCGGCGGCACGUUUGAUCACGAGGAAAGCAUGGAAGGGUGGGCACAGGGCGCAGAACGGGGGACACGGAUGGAACAGUAUUCGUUCAUCCGGUCGCCGGGCGAAUCUGUGACUGUCCCGAUUCGAGGAAUUCCGAGGGGAACCGAUGGGACAGAGUAUAUCGAGCUUCGCGAGCCAAACGGAGCGGCAGGAGACCGUCGAGAGAAGAUCGCGGAAAAACGGAGUGCACGCUCCGCCAUGUUCAUCCCCCUCGUGCAGUUCCACGAAAUAAAGCCGGCGGUUCACCUGGAUAAUCGGUACCGAUUGAUGAGACACGAGCCGAUGCUAGACGCCGAAGGACAGCGAACUGAUAAAAUCGGCAAGGACGAGACUGCUCCACCUUCCAUGGAGGAAUUGAAGAAGCUACGCGAGGAUCCCAAGUUUUACAAUUACUACGCGCCGAAGCGUCGAAUAUUUUUCACGCGUUAACUUUUGUAUUUGUCACUGUUCUACCAAAUAUUAAAUAAAAGCUGUUCCCCUCGCA